CAGGAGGCUCGCGGGGCCUAAGGAGCGGGUGCUGCUCCGGUAACGACCUGCCGGGGACUGGAGUCCGGGUCCCAAGCUGGGCGCACAGGACCGGGGGCCAAAAUUCUUUUCCGAACAGGAACCUUAGGUUCAGGGUCAGAAAGUGCAAGUUUGAACUUCCCCGCGGGUCCUACAGACUGCUGAUCCGGGUUGGACAGGCCCCUUGACUUUCUGUGUGACCUCCCCAGCCUUGUCACCUGAGAUCUCUGCGGCCCAGCAUAUGAAAGACAGGUUUCCAGCUGUCUGACCUUAAGCAAGCCAGAAAAUUACAAAAGAAAUGGAAGACUUUCUACAAAAAUUGAGGCAGAAGACAAAAAUUGGAGUGGUAGGAGGGUCAGACUUUGAGAAAGUACAAGAACAGCUGGGAAGUGACGUGGUUGAGAAAUAUGAUUAUGUGUUUCCAGAAAAUGGUUUGGUAGCAUACAAAGAUGGGAAACUCUUAUCUAAACAGAAUAUUCAAGGUCAUCUGGGUGAGGCGGUGAUCCAAGACCUAAUCAACUACUGCCUGAGCUACAUUGCAAAAAUUAAACUCCCGAAGAAAAGGGGCACUUUCAUUGAAUUCCGAAAUGGCAUGUUGAACGUGUCCCCUGUCGGAAGAAGCUGCAGCCAAGAAGAACGAAUUGAGUUCUACGAGCUCGAUAAAAAAGAAAAUAUAAGAGAAAAAUUCAUAGCGGACCUGAGGAAGGAAUUCGCAGGGAAAGGCCUCACGUUCUCCAUAGGUGGCCAGAUCAGCUUUGACGUCUUUCCUGACGGAUGGGACAAACGGUAUUGCUUGAAACAUGUGGAACAUGAUGGUUACAAGAUCAUUUAUUUCUUUGGAGAUAAAACCAUGCCGGGGGGCAAUGAUCACGAGAUCUUCACAGACCCCAGAACGGUGGGCUACACGGUGACCACACCUGAGGACACACGCAGGAUCUGUGAAGAGAUCUUCCCUUAACACCAGAGGGAAGGGGUCCUGGCCAACAAGACUGAAAGGUCACUUGGGGUCACUUGGGGCGAGAGCUGGAGUCCUCACAUGUACACAGCCCCCAGCCUCGGGCCUGGCUGCUCUCAUGAGUCUAGUCACCUAAGGUCUGGAGGUCAGCUUAAUGGGCAUACCAGUAGGCCAUGCCUCCACCUCCAUCUAGUGUCAGCAGCAGCCCCAAAGGAAAGGAGACAUCAAAAAUGGCUGUGGCUUAUUCCUAUAAUCUCUGCUUAUGAAGCUGAGGCAGGAGGAUGCCACAAGUUGAAGGCCAGCCUAGACUACAGAAUGAGACCUUGUCUCGAAAACAAAAGCAUGGUGGCUGGGGGCGUAGCCCACAGAGUAUUUGCCUAGCAUGGGUGAAGCCUUGGCUUGGAUCCCAACCUAGGAUUAGGUACCUCAUAAGAAUAACUUCUAAGAAAAGACUACCCUUUCCCCAGCCCAUGGUCUGAGAGCUGCCUGCUAGGGUACAUGGUUGGGUUUUUAGUUUGAUUGAUUUUUGAAACUUCUCCAUCAUCUUGGACUGAUAGAAGAAACUAGAAUGUGCCUGGGCCCCUUACCCUUCAUGGCUCUUGUCAAAAGGGGGAGGAGUGUGUUGUUACUUUUUGUUUUUUUGAGACAGGGUAUCAAUUUUGUGCCCUGGCUAUCCCAGAACUUCCUAUGUAAACCAGGCCGACCUUGAGCUCAGGACCCUCCUGCCUUUGCCUUCCAAAUGCUGGGAUUCCAUGCAGCAACAUACCCAGCUAGGGUUUUGUGAAAAAUCUGACAGCUGUUAAUGUUCAGACCUGUCAGUCACCCCCAAAACAUGGAAUCUGGUGAUGGGAAAGAACAGGCCAUCCAUGGUUACCCACCUGGAACUAACUGGAAGACGGACUUCUGUGAUGCACUGAGUCUACAGUCUGCAGUGGAGCUGGAACAUGAACUAGGGGCAACGUUCUGCCAAAGGGCUGGUGCUUUGUUUUCCAGCUUCCUGUUUGUCAGCCACAGCCCCCAAUGUGGCCUGACAGAUGGUUAACCAAGUGACUGCUGAUCCCAGUUUGCACCUCAGCUGGCCUGGAAUUUGGGCUGGCUCUGUCCACUGACCUGCAAGGUCCUGCCUGCAGUCCUGCUUCCCCCAAGCUGACUGGUCCAGGUACAGACCCAGUUCCUCCCACAUCAGUGAAACCCUAAUGGCCACAGCAACAGGUGCUCCCAUCCUUUCUGUCUCUUCUAGGCCUGGACUGUGUCAAGCCUCACCCUUCAGGGAGAGCUUUUCAGCAUAUAGAAAUGGUUCCACAGCCCCGGCGCUGCAGCUUGGUGCUGGGUCCAUGGCUUCAGUGGGAAAUACCCACAGAUCUGGGGCAGGAGCCCCUGCUGUUCCAUGCUCACCUCCAGCCACUACUGUGUGUGCCCACCACAGGCAGGCCCACCCUCCCCCUUGGCGCCCACACUGGCAUCUGCUGCCAACCCCUUCACCUUCGUCCACCCACCACAUGAGUGCCAGGACCCACAUCCUGUGGCAUCUGUCCUUGUUGGAUUUUGCAGUUUUGCUGUUAAUCCCUUAACAGUGAAGCACAUUAAAGGGACUAUACGGUUUCCCA